CAACAUGGAUUGUACACGCGCCGCCGUGACUUGGGAUAAUGGUAAGGAGCAUAUCAGACAAGAUUAACAGGGCAGUGAAAAAUGUUCUUCUACUUCGGCAUUGCGUUUUCUUCUUACGAUGUCCAGAACAAUAUAUCUACCAUCAUGUCCUUUACACGACCGCCACCACCACUUCGUACAAUAACCCUUCUUUACGCAAUGAAAUCUCCUUCAAAUUUGCAAACAGAGAUUAUUCAAGCACUUUCUCAAAUUCAAAUUUAACGUACUAUUGUAAUGUUCGAAUGAGUGAAUUGGGUCGUUUAGGAAAAGUAAAUGAAGCCCAUAAAUUGUUCGGCGAAAUGACUGAACGAGACGCUGUUUCUUAUUCUUCCAUGAUCGCCAUUUAUCUCAAGAACAACGACCUGCACAAAGCAGAAGGGCUUUUCCGAGAAAUGCCGGAUAGUAAAAGAAACAUUGUGGCCGAUUCUGCAAUGAUUCAUGCUUAUGUCGAGGCUAGUAAAAUUGAUGAAGCACAGAAAAUCUUCGAUCAAAUGCCAGUGAGGAAUGCAUUCUCUUGGACCAGUUUGAUAUCAGGGUAUUUUAGAAUUGGAAAGAUUGAUGAUGCUCGAGAGCUUUUUGAUAAAAUGCCCAAAAGGGAAAAAAAUGUGGUCACUUGGACUAAUAUAAUUUUAGGUUAUGCUCGAAAUGGGUUGAUUGACGAAGCUCGGGAUGCUUUUGAUCAAAUGCCUGCAAAAAACGUGGUGGCAUGGACAGCAAUGAUAAGUGCUUAUUUUGGGAAUAACCAAGUUGACAAGGCACUUGAAAUUUUUUACAUGAUGCCUCAGCCUAACUUGUAUUCUUGGAAUGUUAUAAUUAAGGGUUGUUUGGAUGAUAGCAGAGUGAAUGAAGCAAAGAAACUGUUUGAUUCAAUGCCUUGUAAGAAUGUUGUUUCUUGGACUACAAUGGUUAUGGGCCUUGCACGAAAUGGGAUGACUGAGUUGGCGAGGAAAUACUUUGAUCAAAUGCCAAACAAAGAUAUUGCUGCAUGGAACGCAAUGAUCACGGCAUAUGCUAAUGGAGGCCAAAUGGUCAAGGCUAGUGAGCUUUUUCAUUUGAUGCCUACUAAAAACUUUGUUACUUGGAAUGCGAUGAUAGAUGGGUAUGCCAAAAAUUGUCAAGAGAGUGAAGCUUUCAAGCACUUUGUCCUGAUGUUUCGCAGCUGCACGUGGCCCAAUGAAAAAACACUCACUAGUCUCCUGAUCUCAUGUGAAAGUACUUUAGGAGUGUCGCAAGCACAUGGGCUUGUUGUGCAGCUUGGGUUUGAGCUAGACACAUAUCUUACUAAUGCUCUAGUCACCAUGUAUUACAGAAGUGGAGAUGUUCGCUCAGCUCGAAUUGCUUUUGAUAAUCUUGAGGCGAAGGACAUUGUGUCAUGGACUUCAAUGAUAUUAGCUUAUUCCAAUCAUGGUUAUGGUAACCGAGCACUAGAAACGUUUGCACGGAUGCUAAGAUCAGGAAACAAACCAGAUGAAAUUACUUUUGUGGGAGUCUUGUCAGCCUGUAGUCAUGCUGGCCUUGUCAAGAAAGGUCAAAUGCUUUUCGACUCCAUGAGGUGUGCUUAUGGCUUGGAGCCAAAGGCUGAGCACUAUUCUUGCCUCACUGACAUCCUAGGACGAGCUGGGCUGGUCGAUGAGGCCGUGAAAGUGGUCCAUCAAAUGCCUCCAUGUGAACGCGAUGGUACUGUUCUUGGGGCAUUACUUGGUGCCUGCAAAUUGCAUGGAGAUGUAGGACUUGCAGACUACAUAGGAGAUGAACUAUUGGAACUUGAGCCUGCUAGUUCAGGAGGGUACGUGCUCUUGGCAAGUAUGUAUGCUGCCUGUGGGAAAUGGGACGAGUUUGCACAAUUAAGAAAAAAAAUGAAAGAGAGGAAAGUGAAAAAAGUGCCUGGUUUUAGUCAAAUAGAAGUGAAUGGGAAAAGUCAUGUAUUUUUGGUGGGUGACAGAUCUCAUCCUGAAAUGGAGAAGAUUUACACGGUGCUACAGGAUAAGCUUCUUCCUUUAAUGCAAGAGAAGGGUUACAAAAAUGCAAUCCUACCUGCUAUGCAAUAGUUCGAGAUGGGAACACUAAAACUUGAAGCUCUGAAUCUAACUUAAACCCAAACGUCCUCAAGAGGUUGAAGAAAGAUGUACUCGUUUAUCCUUUAGAUUUUCAAGCUUAGCGAAUUGAUCAGUGGCAGGAACUGAUGAUACUGAAUGUGUCCUCCAAGAAGUCAAGGCAAGACAAGCACCCAUGCCAUUCCUUUAAAGUGCAAGGACAGCCUUCUGGGAGCUUUCGAAAAACCAAUUUUGUAGAGGUAGCAAAUCUUGAAUGGAUGCACGGUUUUUGGACUGUGGUAGGUAGUAUUAUCAGGGAGAAUGAAGGGUAUAUGAGAGGAGUUAUACACCUGUUAUUCUGACAAAAAGUUUAUUCUCAUUACAUUGGUUCAGAAUUCUAUUUGUCUUCAAAUGAAAUCGACAAGACACAGGCAUCUUCAUGACCAUGGAGUUUGAAUUGUAGAUGUUCUAAUGCUAUUUAUUUGAGGUUUUUAUGGAAACUUCUUGCAAUUAAGAUCGUCAUCAGCAAGGUGUAGAAGUUGAAAGAUGGAUUCAUGUUACAAAUAAGAAGGGACUCGAGCUAAACAAAAGGAAAAAUCUUGGGAUCGAAUUGAAAAGGAUGAAAAGUAAACACCUGGCACAAAGGCGCAUACCAAGCAAUCGCAAGGAUAUCAAAAUGUCCACAAGAACAUCACGCGACAAAGCCAGGCAAGAAUACUACCACUGCCUUUUUUGGUCCAUCAAAUGCCUUUUUUUUUUUUUUUUUUUUUGGGCAAGAAUGGGCUCACAAGGGCUAAAUAUUGAUUCGGAUUCGAAAGUAUAUUUUCAUUUUUAUAAUCUCUCAAUUAAA